CAUCUAGGCACCUUCUAGACUUUGCACCACACAUAAUGAUAUAGACAGUCUCUCUGUGAGACACUGACAUUCGUCUCUGCGACGACGGCGUUUGCAUAGCGAGUGGUAUCGGCGGCUGCGACGACGACGGCGUUGGAGUAGUCAGGCGGAGGUUGCGAGAUGGACAUAAUCUCUCAAUUACAGGAACAAACCAAUAAAAUUGCUGCUCUUACCUUCAAUACCUUUGGAACAUUGCAAAGGGAUUCUCCUGCUGUCAAACUUUCUCCAAAUUAUCCAGAACCACCUGCUAACCCUACAGAGGAUGCAGCAAAUUUUGCUGAACAACCCAAGCUCAUGAGUGCAGCUCUGGUUCAAGCUGCGAAGCAGUUUGAUGCAUUAGUUGCAGCACUACCAUUAGCUGAUGGAGGUGAAGAAGCACAGCUCAAAAGGAUUGCAGAACUGCAGGCUGAAAAUGAUACUGUUGGCCAAGAACUCCAGAGACAACUGGAAGCAGCAGAGGAGGAACUAAAGCAGGUCCGCGAAUUGUUCAGCCAAGCUGCAGAUAAUUGCUUGAAUUUGAAGAAACCGGAUUAAAAAUAAGGGAACUGAUCUUCUCUUUGGAACUGGGUGGAGGAAUUCCAGAUCCUGUGGUUCCAGCCAAUCUUCUUAAAUUUCUUGAGAGGGAAAUAGUAUAGGAUUAUGCUUCGUCCUUCCGCCAUUUUUAUUCUCCGUUCCCUGUCCUCUGUACAUGUUAAAAGAAUGCUGGCUGUUAUCUCUUUCCCUUUCCUGGUCCUAUUGUGUGACAGCUUCAGUAUUUAUACAGAUAUAUAGAGUUGCCCGUUAAUGUUCAAAGUUUCUGUUU